CAGCACCUACUCCCGCCCGCCAUGUUCGGUGCCUUCAGGCCUACCCAUGUAGCAUGCGGCGGUAACUUAUGGAAGAUGCCCAUGAAGCUCUCGGUGACGCGCAAGGCGAACGUGCGCUCCCGGCUGAAAAAGGUCGACGCCGUCAUUGAGGCCGUACGUGCGAGCGGAGUCGAGUGCACAGCGCUAGAGCGCGCCCUCGAGCUGCCGAAGGAGAGCGAAAUGCCGGCGCGGGACAAGUACACCGUCUUCUCGCGCACGUCGCGGAAUUACCGCAAACCUAUCCAGUUCGUGCCCAAGUGGACUAGGUUAACGCAAAGAGUAAACCCCAAGGGCUUCUAAUCCGUCCCGCACUCCGUCUACUACCUACUUCUAUGCCUGUGCUACCCGGUCAAUCAAUAGUCCCUCUCUCAA